AUGGACGAACAUGAUCCCCGGCCUUUUCAGGCUGUCAACAUUGACAUGGCUAGUACCGAGACUGGUGCUGAAAGAUUCGUGAAAGAUGGCUUGUAUAGACCUCCGCCGACUGCGAGUUGGCGUUGCAAUCUCACAGCGCUCUCCCAAAGAUACAAUCUCUACUUCAUCGCAUCCAAGUCGGGCAUUGCUGUCUACCAGCCAGAUUUCCCUUUCCAGAAGCUGAAAAGAACACCGAAGCUCUACAUUGUCCCAACGCUGGCAAACGUGGAUGCCGAGGGGUACCUCGAUGUCAGCCAUCCUCAUUCGAUUAAUCAUCUCAUCGUUGGCGACUUGGGCAGCGAGGAAAUUCUCCUGGCGUCAACAGAUUCUGGAAAUGUCACUGCAUAUCACACCAAAGCGAUUGAAGACGCUAUCAAGAAGGACCCAUACAAAUUCAGCACAGACGCUAGGUCAGACUACGUUGGCUUGCGUGCAUUCUUUUCGCAGUGGGUAGAGGAGUCGGCGUGGGGUCUGGCCAUCCACCGAGAAGCCCGUAUGAUUGCCGUCUCUGCUAACACCUCGCGCUAUCCGACAUAUGCUGAAGACACGACGGCAAAGAUUACUGUUUACGCUUUUGCGCUAACUAAGCAGGAACCCGAGGAGAAUGAAACAGACCAUGUGGUCGACGUCGAAGCUGGACUGGUCGAUAAUGAUUGGACAGACUGGUCCUCGGAGACACAGGCAACAAACACUCCUUCACGCGACCGCAACUAUAAGAUCGUCUUGGGUGGCAGCAACGGUCAUUCAUCAAACAUUCCCAGUAUAUCGUUUGUCAACACGAGCAACGACGAGCACGGCGCUUGGCUUUUGAGCACCGAUAUAUCCGGCUCCGUAAAACUUUGGCAGAUCUGGAGGGGAACUUGUCGACAGACAUGGAUGUUUGGAUACGCUGACGACGUUGACAGAGACAUGGGUUGGAUUGUUGCCGCGCUAGAUCCCGCCGCUUUUCGAGAAGCUCGUACAAUGCAGCAGUUCUGCGGCCAUCACAUGGCUCCUAAAUACUCUGAAAACGCGGGCGAGAGUUACGAUCUUACCAACAUUGUCCGCCUGACUAUUCCCGGUCGAAGUCAACGACACCCAAUCCUGGCUCGGCUCUCUGACGACGAGGACGAUCUCGAGGAGGACACUGAAGUCGCUGACCACUACUCAGAAGAAGAAUUUGGUGACAGCCACGAAGAUGCGGCUCGCGGUCCUUUGGGACUGCCUACUGGUACCGAGACUACUUCAAUGGCGAUCCGGGCGGGAGAGGUUGUGGAUGAGCGCAACGAACCAGCCCAGGAGCAAGAUGGUGCCGGUCCCCCGGCAGACCUUGAAGACAUCCUUCUCGACCAUUACGACAGCGAGCUCGAAGACUCUGAUGAUGAAUUUGACCAUGACUCACGUGUUGGCGGUUCUCAGCUAGACGAGGGAUCUGACGACGAUGUGACAGCUUCUUCAGACAGCUUUGCAAGCGGAACAUCGUUUUCUGAUGUUUCGCAGCGAAGCAGCGUAGAUGUCGAAUUUGGCCCGAUGUCCAUUACUUCCCCUCGUGCGCGAACUCGAGACUCACCAGCAGACCCGAUAGAAGUGGCCAAAGCCAAGAAAAGACGGCGCAUCCGAGGUCAUGAGAAGCCAGAAGAUACGUCGAUUCCCAACAUUCCAACUCUGCACUGCAGUACCGUCAACGUUCGUUUGCUUGAUGCACAUCGAGCCAGAGUCCCACAUGUCUUCUGCCACGAUCCUCUUCAACAGCAGCUACCCAUGCCCUUCCGAGGGCAGGUUAGCCAAAUGCGACGCCUCAAUAUGGUGCAGCAGAUACCAGAGCUUGGUGUUGUUAUCAUCGCUAGUCAAUUGGGGAGAUGUGCACUUUAUGCGCUGACGCGGAAUCGCCAGACUGGUACACUUGGACUACGCGCCGACUGGAUUUUGCCAACUAAGCGGCAGGAGCGCGCCGGCCAGCGGCCGAAUAGUUGGCUUCUGGGUAUCGCUGCUGCGCCCAUCCAAGGCCGCUGGCUGGAGACACCUUCGCUAGCCACUGGUGAUGGCGCGUGGGGUAAAGAUUCCAAUAAUGAUGGGGUGCAAGUUUCAUUCGACCCGGGCGUAUUUGUCCUGCCCGAGUCUCUGACAGAGCUGGAGAGCUCGGACAGUGAGGCUGAAAGAAGAGUUACACACGCUGCCAAGCGGCAUAGAAGGACCUCAGCUGCAUCGGCGACGUCUUCGUCCGGUGCAAGCACCCAGAAACGGCCAUGGGCAAAGUCGAAAACCGCGCCCGGUUUCAAGGCUGUCGAGAACAGCAGACGAUACAGGCUGAUGAUGACGUAUGCAGAUAUGACAGUAUUGACUUAUGAGAUCUCGAGGGACGUCGAGAGGGACGAGGUUCAGGGAGGACUCAAGUUUGCGUAA